AGAUUCUGGAUAUACCACAGGUGGGCGCACUGGGAUGUAGUUGUGUACACUAGUACAUGCUAUGGUGCUGUAUGCUUGCACUCUUAGAAUCGGUCAAAUCUAUGCACUGCAGGGAGAUUUCAAGAUCCUAAUUCCGCAUGCGUUUUUCUGACCCCCUUUUGUUUUAUCUACAUUGGUGCGUCUGUAGAGACAGAAGUCCAGUGUUGCCCUCUGAUUUGAGGUGACGUGGCUUAAUUUGUGUCGGACUGAAAUUAUAUGAUGCACACACAAAAGCGAGGCGGGGUAGAAACACCGACCCCUCCUCACAUUUGAUGUUUCUUUUAUGCCACACGCCAUUUAUUGUUUUUGUUCAUUCUACAAAUUAUUUGGUUGCGAUUCGCUGUGGCGCUUCGUGCAGUAUAACUUUGGAAAGCAAGAACUAUUUAGCUCUAAAAGCCAGUAUUUCCAAAUUCAUUCGUCUUUACAGAAAUAGGUGAGCUAAAAAUAAGUCGCCUGUCAAUGGUGAGCAGCUUGUGGCGUAAGGUGCGUGAAGUGAUUUAGCCCAUUGAUCAACGCUGGCUCAGAGGCGGGUCUCGCAGUAGUGGCGUCAUUCUGGAGAAGCCGAAGAUGGCUCCGCGAUGCUCUACAGCGGUGUGUGUAGGCUAUGCGUCAACGCUCAUCUGUCAAGACCUACAUUUGUGUGAAAAGGAAGCAGGAAAACUGAAACAGUAGAGGAACACAGACGCUCAGUCGGUGUUAAGUAGCGUGCAUUGCGUGUUCCGGCAGACUUACACCGAACAGCCAUGGGUUCGUCCACAGAUGAAGAAUUUAAAGAAAAAUUACUAUGGAAUGUGAAAAGAGAGGUGAAGCAGAUCAUGGAGGAGUCCGUGACGAAGAAAUUUGUGCACGAGGACAGCAGCCACGUCAUAGCACUUUGCAGUACUAUUGAAGCAUGCCUGACCCACCUGUUGAAGCGGCGGGCGGCCGGCUUCCUGCGGAGCGACAAGAUCGCUGCCCUAUUCACCAAGAUCGGCAAGGUGAACGACACGACCGCCGAGGUGUGCCGCAAGGUGCAGGAGCAGCUGCAGCAGCAGGCCGAGAUCACCAGGAGAACACAGAGCACAGCACAGGAGCCCCUCAGGAGGCAGGGGUCAUCCGCAGGUCGUGCCCCCCAGCCCCUCUCAGCACAGGCCAUCAAGCACAUCUGGGUUCGCACUGCCCUGUUCCAGAAGGUUCUGGACAAGGUUGUGGAGUAUAUAGUGGACAACUCCAGUAAGUACUAUGAGAGGGAGGCCCUGAUACACGACUCCGUGUUUGGCCCCAUCCUUGCUGCACUGCUGGUUGGUCCCUGCGCUCUGGAGUACACCAAACUGAAGACCUCCGAUCACUUCUGGACAGAUCCCUCGGCCAAUGAGCUCGUUCAGCGGCAUCGUAUCCAUGGAGCUCACCGAGGACAAGAGUCUUCCCCCAGCCGCAGGCCUGCUCUAGGGAUCCGGAAGAGGCAGUCCAGCGGGAGCAUGGCUGAGGACAAGUUUGCCGCUUCAGCGCGGGAGUACGUGGAGUCGCUUCACCAGAACUCACGGGUUCAUCUCCUCUACGGCAAAAACAACGUGCUGGUCCAACCUAAAAAGGACAUGGAGGUUUUGAGAGGGUACCUAUCCUUGCACCAGGCAGUAGAAACGCUCACUCUGAAGUGGACACCCAAUCAGCUGAUCAAUGGCACUUUGGGGGACUGUGACCUGGACAAGAGUGUGUAUUGGGACUAUGCUCUGACCGUGCCUUUACGACAGAUCGUCUGCAUUCACUGUCACCAGCGACCGGACUGCGGUGGUACCCUGGUGCUGGUGAGUCAGGACGGCAUCCAGCGCCCCCCCCUGCACUUCCCCCCCGGGGGGCACCUGCUGGCCUUCCUGUCGUGCCUGGAGAAUGGCCUCUUGCCCAGAGGACAGCUAGAGCCUCCUCUCUGGUCCCAGAGGGGCAAGGGUAAAGUCUUCCCUAAGUUGAGGAAGAGGAACAGCACAGCCCGGCUGCUGGAGGGCGAUGGCGAGGGAGAUGAGGAGGUGGCUGCUGACUACGUGUUCCGUAUCGUCUACCCCGGGCAUCGCCACGACUCCAUCACUAUUAACUACCACCACACCACGGGCAGUCGCGCGCCCUCACUGGACGACGAUGAGGAGGAGGAGGAUAGACUUCACGCAAUGAUCUCAAUGAUCUGCUCGCGGAACCUCACAGACCCUAAUGUCAUGAAAGACCAUGGGGACAUGGCGGAGAUACCAGGUUUGGGGGGCAGCCCCCUGUCCUGGCAGCAGGGAGAGAGCACCAGUCACAUGUCGUCCUGCCUCUCCUGCUCCACCGGGGGCAGCAAUGCGUCUUUCGAGUUUCCACCUGGCUGCACCUGCAUGCACGAUCGAAUCCCGUUGAAGAUGCUCUGUCAGAACAUGAAGAGGCAGAUUGUGUCGCGAGCCUUUUAUGGAUGGCUGGCCUACUGUCGACACCUGUCCACGGUGCGUACACACCUGUCAGCGCUGGUCAAUCACAACAUGGUGACCCCGGACAAACCCUGUGAGGCUUCAGGAGGCCUCAGUAAAGACGUCUGGAGCAAGUACCAGAAAGACUGCAAGAACUAUAAGGAGCUUGAGCUCUUGCGUCUGGUCUACUAUGGAGGGGUGGAGCAUGAGAUCAGGAAGGAGGUGUGGCCCUUCCUGCUCGGUCACUAUAAGUUUGGGAUGGGGAAGAAAGACAUGACACAGAUCGACGAGAAGAUCACAGCCAGGUAUCAGCAGGUGAUGCGCGAGUGGAAGGCCUGUGAGGUCAUUGUCAAGCAGAGGGAGAAGGAGAUGCAGUCGGCCAUCUUUGCUAAACUCUCCUCAGGGAGCAGCAUUGACAGUCACGUCCUGCGCCUGGUGCACCGAGACUCGACCCUCAGUAACGAGGUGUUCAUGUCUGUAGAUGACCCAUAUGCAGGCAGCCAGGACACUCCUGGUGGGAGUGACAGCCCCCCGACCCUGACCACGGUGGUCACCCCCGCUGCCCUGGCCCUGGAUGAGAGGCCUCUGGUGGAGUUCGACUCCCCAGACUCGGGCCUCCCGUCCUCCAGGAACUACUCUGUGGCCUCGGGUCACUCGCAGAUCCUGUCCAGCAUCGAGGACGGCCAGAGCAUGGAGGACGAUCCCAGCGAGGAGUCCCAGUCCCAGGCGUCCCAGGACGUCCCCAGCCGGCGGGACUCGCUGAUGGAGGAGCGGCUCGGCACUCUGAUGGACAAACCAGGGACAGCCACCGGGAUCUCGCCAUCUUGGUCCUCUUACACGAUUGAGGUUCUGGACACAGUGGCACUGAACCUUCACAGGAUUGACAAAGAUGUCCAGCGCUGUGACCGCAACUACCACUACUUCACUACUGGCAACCUGGAGAAAUUACGCAACAUCAUGUGCAGUUAUGUAUGGGAACAUCUAGAGAUGGGGUAUGUCCAAGGCAUGUGUGACCUGCUGGCUCCUUUAAUGGUCAUCUUAGAUGAUGAGUGCCUGGCUUACAGCUGCUUUACCCAGCUAAUGAAGAGGAUGAAUAAGAACUUCCCUAACGGCGGCAGAGCAAUGGACACAAACUUUGCCAACAUGAGGUCCUUGAUCCAGAUCCUGGACUCUGAGAUGUUUGAGCUCAUGCACCAGAAUGGAGACUACACCCACUUCUACUUCUGCUACCGCUGGUUCCUGCUCGACUUCAAAAGAGAGCUUCUGUAUGAGGAUGUCUUUGCUGUCUGGGAGGUAAUCUGGGUGGCUCCCCGGAUCUCCUCCAAGCAUUUUGUCCUCUUUCUCGCCCUGGCCCUGGUGGAGGUGUACAGGGACAUCAUCCUGGACAACAACAUGGACUUCACAGACAUCAUCAAGUUCUUCAAUGAAAUGGCGGAGCGGCAUGAUGUACAGCAGAUCCUCCAGAUCGCCCGAGAGCUGGUGCACAAGGUUCAGACCCUCAUCGACAACAAGUGACUUAUGAGAGGAGAAGAAGAAAUAAAAAGAUUAAAAAAAGGAGGGGAGAGUAGGCUGGGAGGAGAGACAGUUGAACACCUCAAUGCCUCUGCCGAUAGCAAACCUCAGACAGUGUCCCCCUCUCGCCCUACCUGUCUCACUCCUACAACCUGCUAACACAGGUCUCUCUCUCUCUCUUUCUCUCUCCAUGGCCCAGAAACCUGGGACCAGAGCUAAUCUCCUAGCCUACCCAGGAUCAGGUAGGGGAGAGUGGGGGCAUGCCUGAGAGUGGACCCCCUCCCACCCCCCAAAACCCCCAGUACUUCCAGUCUUGAUAUCUAUUGCCUGUCACAGAAUGCCGUUGUGUCAGACCGUUGACUCGUCUGCAUGCUUGUGAUGCUUGAUCACACUGUGACUGACGUUUGAAGCUAUCCACACCUCCAGCAGCAGUGCGCAAACACACACACACACACACACACACACCCCAUACCCAUGCCACAGCUGUCAGGUGGUUUAGAUCACCAUGACAUUUUGUAAUGACUUGCGCCUAUAGUAAGGCCAUCACAGAGUUCUUAUGAGUAAGCCAGUGACUGUUCCUUCCGCACCCCCUCAGUAAGGACCACAAGUAUUAUGCCUGUCCGUGGUUCUGAAGAUUCAGAAGAACAUGGAUGGUCUUGCAGACGUUUGGCGGAGCUAGGAUUCUUCUAGUUACUAGCUGCAAAAGCGGCGAUGCUGUCUGAGUAGUGAUGUUACAGUAUACGUGUUCCAGCUGUCAACAGGCCAUUGGAUUUAUGGCCGUCACAACCCCAGACUUGACUAGCUCUGUAAGCCACGAAGAAAACAAGACUGUCCGAUUGUGACCAAAAAGACUGUGCCAACACGAUGACUUUUUGUCAUAGUAUUUGUAUUCCCCAUGAACGCGCAAACUUUACCAAUCCCUUUUCUUAACAAAGGAAAAAGUUAUUUUCUUGCCCUCGUUGUAAUCCACAGUCCUUUCACUGCCAUUAAUGCCCAGUAACAUAUACAGUACUAGGAGUUGAUGCUGCCUUUGCUGCAUUUCUCUCUAACACUAUUUGCACUUUGACACUGCUGCCCGGCGUGCUCCAGUGAAGCCUGCAGGCAAGGCACGGCAGGUGGAGGUGCUUGUCCUGGGCGCACAGCUUCCUUUUACCCCAGGACGUCGGGGUGACCUCCUUAAAGCCCUCUCCAGGGGACGAGGGGAGGUGCUGGGAGGAGCUGUACCAGGAGGCCGCCCCUCAAGGUGGCCCAAAGGGUUCGGUUUGGUGCAAUGAGACGUCACCAGUGCUUCACUCUCACACACACACACACACACACACACACACACACACACACACACACACACACACACAAACACAAACACUCAGACAUGCUCCAAAUGGUGGUGUAUGGAGCUGCUACACACACCCAGUUGGUUUCAGUGUAUCGCAGCUUUGAGGUUUCUGGCCAAAUUUGAAAGCCACAAUUAAAAUGGAGGGAAAAGAGAAAUAGCACAGAAAAAUGGAUAAUUUAAUUCAUAUUUUAAUUCAAUUCAUAUUUUAGUAUUAAGAGAAGAAAUACUAAAAGAACCCCAACUAUAUACACACACAUACACACCAAUCAAAUGUCAACCACAGCUCUUUAUUAUAUUGGUUUCUGAGGGGAAAAAAUGAACAUAUCCACUAUAUUGGCUUUUCACAUCUGGAAAGACCUACAUCUGUGAUUUAACUUGCUGAAUAGUCUUCCCAGAAUCCUGAAGCAUGGCAUUGUCACCCUGGUGAUCCUUAAAGUUGUGUGGAGAGUCCGUGUUUGUAUGAUGGUUCUCAUCUGGGAACUAAGGCAGUGGUCUCACGCAUGUCCCUACGCCUCAUCCCCCACCCAGUAUCAGUUCUCAGUUCUUUAAGUUCCAAGUUCAGUUUCUGAGGGACACCAGUGCCCACAAAGAGAUUUACUGACAAGAGCUCAAGUACCAAAGCCUGUACCGACAUCACCCUUUCUCUAGUGCAGACGUGCAAUCUCGACCAUACCUUGAAGACUGUUGUUGCUCCUCAUGCUCUUAAUUUCUACUGUGAAACACUUUUAUUUUUGACCUUUACUUUCCACGUUUACCACAACACUGUAAAUACUUGAGGAAAGCCCUGGAUUUCUAAGAGGACAAUGAUGACUCAAAAUGUAUUUUAAAUUCUAUUUUUUACGUUGGUUUUGGAGAAAUGUGCUUCUAAGAACCCUGUAAAACUGGAGACCUGUACAAGUUGAAUGUGGGGAAAGCUUUGUUACAUGUUGACUGUUAUGUGUUCCUUAAUUAAUGUUGUGCACUGGGUUUUCUGCAUUUGAACCGUUUUAUUUUGGACACCAACAUUUGAAUGAUGAAGUAUGUAUUGUAAAGGAUGUAUCAUUUAUCUUGAAUGUAAUGUAUUAAAAAGGUCGCUCCUUAA